AUGAUAGAAAACGCGGGCACCCCCGAGUACACGGUUGUGGUCGUUGGAGCAGGAAUCGCUGGACUAAAGGCGGCAGCAGAGUUACACUCGGCGGGGAUUGAAAAAUGCGUGGUGCUGGAGGCGCGGGCCCGGACGGGCGGGCGACUGCUACAGGUGGAGAGCUCUGUGUUUCCCGGGCGGCGGUACGAUCUGGGGGCGUCGUGGCACCAUGACACGCUGAGCAACGAGCUGUUCGCGGAAGAGCUGCGUCUUCCGGAGGCCGAGCGCGCGGGCUAUGUGUUUGACGAUGUGCCCACGAUGGUGGUGAGUCCUGCGGGGCGGCGCUUGGACGGGGACUUUGGGCUGAUGCUGGAGGCGCUGCAGCGGGAGGUGGAGCACUACAUCGAGGAGCAGUACUUCGAGUCGCUGGAGGCCAGGGACAUGCCUUUUUUCGAGCUCGUGAUGGCGUACCUGUACGAGCGUCGGGGCGUGCUCACCGACGACCAGAUCCAGCAGCUGCCGGGGACAGUGCGCUUCCUUGAGUUCUGGCACGCGAUCGACUGGAAGCUACUGAGUGCGAAGCUCUCGGAGGUGGAAAAUAACGGGCGUAACGCAUUUGUGCUGAACUACGACAAACUGCUGCGGCGCAUCGAAUCUGGCGUGCCGCGGGAAUGGAUCCGCCUGGGAACGGAAGUGACCAAGAUCGAGCGGGUGAGGGACACGGUGCACAUAACGACUGCGGACGGUGCCUGCUAUGUUUCCAAGUGCGCGAUUGUGACCGUGCCGCAAAGCGUGCUGGAGCUGUCUCUGAAACCAGAGCGGGUGCCCGGGCGCAUUGAGUUUCGCCCCCCCCUCAACGACAACAUCACGUCUGCGUUUGAGCGAGCUCACUACGCCUCGCUGGGCAAGAUCUUCUUUGAGUUUGACAAGUGCACCUGGGACACGCAGCGCCCGCGGGUUGCUAUCGCAGCCAAAGUUCCCGACGACUUUAGUGCGCAGGUCCGUAAGGCCCAAGAUUUGCAGGAGCUGCUGCGAUCCGCCAGUGCUCAGACUGAGGUGAAGCUGGGACAAGACUGCUUUGACUUUCCACAAGAGUUUCAGAACAUGGUUGCGCUGGCAGGGAUACCGACACUUAUUGCGUUCACGCAGACACCUCUUACUGAGCACGUCGAGCGCUUAUCAAAGCAAGAGAUUGUGGACUACUUCAAACCCGCAAUUGUUGUUGCACUACGUGCACUGGGGUCCAAGGAGGAGUGCCUCUUCGACCUCGGAAACACGCAACCGCAAGACGAUAGUCAUCCAGGCCCAAUCCUAAAGAACGUGAUCUUCAAUCCGUGGUCACAGGAUACGUAUUCUCGUGGCUCAUACACCGGUAGUCACGUGGACGACGACCAGCUGCCCUUGACCGUGGCCCUCAACAACGGCCAAGAUUCCAGAAUCCGCUUUGCGGGCGAGCACACCGUAAUGGAGGGCAACGGGUGCACCUAUGGGGCCUGGGAGAGCGGCCGCCGCGAGGCUGAGUACGUGCUAGAAUACCUCAGGCGGUUCCCCCUGGCCCACCCGCAAGAUGGCAAGAAACAGUAA